UCCUCCAUCUCCAGCUACCAAUCCGACCUCAUUGAACAUGCCAUGUCCGUAGAAGCUCUAAAAUUUGGGUCGUUUACCCUCAAAUCGGGGCGUGUCUCGCCAUACUUCUUCAACGCUGGGCUUUUGUCAACGGGACCAAUCCUUGCCACCCUUUCAACCGCUUACGCCACUACCAUUUCCAAUGCGCUUUCAUCUAAAGCCGUCCCAACUUUCGAUGUCCUGUUUGGACCUGCAUACAAAGGGAUUCCGUUCGCGUCUACCGCUGCACUCGCACUUUACACGCAACACAACAUUUCCGUUGGAUUUGCAUAUGACAGGAAAGAAGCCAAGGAUCAUGGUGAGGGAGGAAAGAUGGUUGGGGUUUCGGUAGAAGGGAAGAAAGUCGUCAUUCUCGAUGAUGUGAUGACCUCUGGAAAAGCUGUACGCGCAGCAAUCGAGACGGUCAAGCAACAUGGUGGAGAGGUGGUGGGCGUGGUUCAGGCAUUAGACAGAGAGGAAGUUGGUCAGGAUGGGGUCAGCAGCACUGUUCAAGAACUUGAGGAUCUCAUCGGCGAAGGAAGGGUUUUCUCUAUCUUGAAGAUGCGAGACUUGAUGGUGUGGCUGGAGAAGAAGGGGAUGAAAGGGGAGUUGGAGAGUAUGCAACAGUACUGGGACAAGUAUGGUUUGAAGUAAAGCAAACCUAAUUUUGAAAAGAAUUCUCCAAUAAAAAUAGGCACUUUGAACCACGAGCCUGGUGGGUU